CGCGGCAGUGACAGCAGGGCAGCAGCGCAGUCCGCGUGCAGCCAGCGCGAGGCGAAGACCCACCAGCGAGCUGCGAGGAUGAGAGGACACAAAGCGUGUCUGAGUGAUGACUGACCGAGCAGCAGUUUGGAACAAAUGAUGGAAGAUUACACACGCUUUGGUAGAACUGAGAAGAUGCCAGCAGCAGGAAAUCAAUCUAAUCUGAUUACAUUUGCCAACUGAAAGAUGGUUUCCCUUCCCAUGGGUUCUUAAAGCUCCUCUUAGAGAAUCCUCAUCACUGAUUUUACUGAAGGGAUCUCUCGGUGGAGGUUAGCAAGCGGGGGCCAGCAUGUGGCCCCCUGACCCUGGACCUCCAGAUGUCCAGUUGACACUUCCUGGUUUUGGAAGUGCGUUUGAGGACACCGAGGAUCCUCAGGCGCCGCUCUCCUCCGGUGGCUUCUGUCAGUCGUCGAUACAUUCAGGUGGUCUGGGCGUGUGCUGCCUUCCAAGGACUUCCCUGUCCCUGUCUUCGCUGGGCCGUGACCUCACCUCCCUGCUCAGCUGUAAGACAGCCGGAUCCCACGUAGAAAAGACUGUGGAGGACACAGAUCCUAAAAACAACAGCCAGAGGUUCAGUUGUUACCCCCAGCCCUCCCUCUCUUUAUCCUACAUGCUCACCGGCUGUGCUACAUCUCCUCCAUUUGGCUCUCCGCCGUCCUCUCAUUCCUCUUCCUCCUCCUCUUCAUCUUUAUUUUACACCUCUUCCUCACCUCUCUCUGACGCUCCCGGGGGCAACAAGCCUGCUCAUCAGCAUCGAAAGAUACAGGAAGAGUAUCACUCAAUCAAACAAGAGCCCACAGAUGACUUCUCACCAUGUAAGAGGGAAGCGUUUCAGAUCAACAACCAGCAGGGGGAGCUGUUCCACGUGGGCCCUGGUCAGGAUAGCCCGCCACUUCAUUUCCCAAGACUUAACGGACCCGUAGGGCAGGACCCCGUCCUGGACCAGCAGGACCAGCCGUGUCAUUGGAUCGACUGCAGUGCCACUUACAGCAGCCAGGAGGAGCUGGUGAGGCACAUCGAGAAGGUGCACAUCGACCAGCGUAAAGGGGAGGAGUUUUCCUGUUUCUGGGCCGGCUGCGUGCGGCGCCACAAACCCUUCAACGCUCGCUACAAGCUGCUCAUCCACAUGAGGGUCCACUCUGGAGAAAAACCCAACAAAUGCAUGUUUGAAGGCUGCACCAAAGCGUUUUCACGUCUGGAAAACCUGAAGAUCCACCUGAGGAGCCACACCGGUGAGAAACCAUACAUCUGCCAGCAUCCCGGCUGCCUCAAGGCCUUCAGCAAUUCCAGUGACCGGGCCAAACACCAGCGCACACAUCUGGACACAAAGCCGUAUGCCUGUCAGAUCCCAGGAUGCACCAAGCGCUACACCGACCCCAGCUCCCUACGAAAGCACGUCAAAGCUCACUCAGCCAAAGGCCUUCAGGAGAGGGAGGUCAAGGUUCAAGUGCACAACAUGCUGGAGUCGGACAUUUUGAGCGAUUGUCUGGCGAGGCAGCAUCUCCACCAAGGAAACAGCUCACCUCUGCCAAGCUUAGAGGACUUCACAGGUGUGUACUCAAACAGCAGCACCGUCCACAACAAGGGAAAUUCUGAGUUUCUCUCUCCAUCAGCAGACACCUGCUCCAGGUAUCAAAACUUGGAGGGAAAUUUUGACACCAACAGCCUAGCGUCUUCACUAACAAGCCCAGGGAGCAUGAGAGCGGGGAACAGACCAACAUCGUUGUUCAACCCAGUGAGCACAUCAUCGGACAGAGCGGACAUCCAGCUGCAGGGCUACCACAAGACCUACAGCCACCAACAAGUAUUCACACAGCAGCAGCAGCAUCAGCAGCAAGGAUGUGUGUAUGGGGAAGGAAAGGUGGUUCAACCAGUCAGUGAUGGAGGCUUUGAACCAGCCAGUUACUUCACAAACCCCACAGCUGCCCAUUCUACAGGUAAAAUAGAAGGUUUGACUUGUUGCAGGACCUGCAGGGCCAGGCGGGGGGCGGUUACUCCAUGUCUCCCUGCUCAGACGAAAGCUUCCUCUUCCAGGCAGGAGGUGUCGACCGCUGCCUCAACCAGAUCUUCUCCAUCUACCUGGACUCAUGAUGGACACACGGAAACCAAAAAAAAACUAACAAAAAACAAAACUGAAUCAGUCACUGCGUUUUACCUGCGUGUACGACGUGUGGCGGAAGACAAUCACAGCAAUAUACUGCAUAUUCAAGGCUAGAGUUGGAAGAAUUGUUCUUAUCCUUAACAGAUGUGAAAAUAUGUCAGUGGGUUUUUUUUGACUGUACAAGCCAAAGUGCACAGUUGACUCGAAGCAGAGCUGCGGGCAAACUGGCAAACAUGAACGGCCAAAAGUGGAAAUCUGGUCAAAUUAUGAAUGUAAGUACGACUAACUUUUCAUUCAGAGAUGACCAGACCAUUGUGAUCUGUGAUUUGCUGGUUUGAUCUAUUCAGAAAGUCCGAUAGCUGGCUCUCCUGCUCUGCUUCUGUCAGUGAACUUAGCCAGUGAGUUUAAUUCUGCCUCCACAGCAGCUUCUGUGUCCAAGAUAUGUUUAAAACCCACAAUACCUGUCAGAAUGGAUCUUGUAAUGUUGUGGCGCCCAAUCUAAAUACAUCUGGUAAGGCUGAAACACGAUGAUGAAGAUACCAAAGACCAAAACAACAUGUUCUGCUUCACAAAUUGAAUUAAUUUUUGUUUGACUUUUCUCGAAAUGUUUCUUUUUGUAUGAAAAACCGGAAAAGUUUAUUCAGCAUUUUAAGGUGUCACAAGCCAAAACAUUUGGGAGCCAUUAUGUUGUAAUGGAUGAUUUGUACUUAGCAGUCCAAGCAAAAGAGCAAAGAACAAUUCAUUGUUUUCUUCCAAAGAGUUUGAUGAUGCCACUCACAUGUCCAUCUGAAAAUAUGGUUGCAGCCAAGAGACAACUACCUUAGCUUAGCACAAAGAGUAGAAUCAGGUGAGGCUAACUGUUUUCAGCGGACUGUGGUCAUUAUUGAAAAUUAGAAAGUCCAAAUAGAGAACCAAAGUGUCGAUGAGAAACCUCCAACUGCUUUUUAAUCGACAAUCCCCAGCUGCUCAGGAGGGAUCUGCAGCAGAGCGCUGCUGCCACCAAGUGUUUGAAUGUGCGGACGAAUCGUGGGACAAAUGACUGACACACGAAACAAAACAACUGCACUAAAAUGUACCAUUUAUGAUUUGUCUGUGGUGGACUGAGAGGUGGCGACAAAAAGGUCUUUAAUAUGUGUAAUCCAACAAUCAAGACAGCAGCAUAAUCUCCUGUUUUUAUAUUGUUUCUUUGGUUGCUUCUGCACAGUGCCUUUAAAUGUGUGUUGUAUAGUUUCUAUCAGUGUUAUAUCCAGUGGGGGGGCGUGCAUUGUUUACAAUAACUUCUCUGCACUCUUUACAAGAAGAUGACCAUCCAGACAAAUGUUUACACUGAUUUUGUAGCAAUUCAGAGAUUUUCUCAUUAUUUUUCAUUGGACAGUGUAUAUAGACUGUAUAAAAAUGCACCUGCCUUUUAUAUCUAAAUAAAAAAAUAUCUGUUCGUAUA